AUGCCGGAAGCGCAAACCGAAAGCCAACUGGUGGUCUCGGCACCCGCGAUGGAGCCGUCCGUGUCACAUGAACUUGCUCAGAAGCGGUCUGAGGCCAAGACGCAGUUCGCACCGCUUCCUACAAGUGCUCUACAGUCGACCGUCAUUCGCGAGGAGCAGCCUGCCGAAGUUGCUGCUGCUGCCUCAACUGACGAGCAGCCCAGCGUGUCUGCUGCACCCACGACUGCUGCUGGAGCUGCAGAAACAUCUGCGCGCGUCUUCCAUUCUCAGGCUGACACAUUCGUGGCGCACGCAGAGCGUCAGACAAUGACCGCGAUGCAGAUUACUUCUAUGUUGGGCAUGCACCGCAUCCACGCCAACGCGAACGCUCCCAUUCCCCGGCUGGCCGAUCACGACGUGUUGAUUGAGGUCUACGCGGCAGGCAUCAAUCCAAUCGACUGGAAAAUGCUGGACGGGGAUUUGCCCGUCGUCAGGGGCAGCCUGCUACCGUUUACACUUGGAUUUGAUGUCGCGGGCGUCGUCUCCCGCGUCGGUCCUCGCGCCAGCCGCUUCAAGAUUGGCGAUGAGGUGCUUGCGCGAUGCGAUCGUCCUGGAACAUUUGCGCAGUACUGUGCGACUCACGAAGACACGGUCGCGCUGAAGCCAAACAACUUGACCUUUGAGAGCGCUGCAGCCGUCCCUUUGGCCGCGCUGACGGCGUACCAGUGUUUGGUCGACGUUGCACAAGUCACUGCCGGUCAGCGAGUGCUGAUUCACGCUGGACUCGGCGGAGUUGGCUCGUUUGCCAUUCAAAUUGCCAAAACAAUCGGUUGCUUUGUUGCCACGACAUGUUCUGCUCGCAACAUGCAUGCUGCCAAAGCACUCGGAGCUGACAUUGUCGUCGACUACCGCUCUCAGCGAUUCCGAGACCAUCUCAACCAAUUCGACGUGGUGAUUGAUUCGCUCGGUGGCAAAUGCCUGACCGACUCGAUGAAAUGCCUCAAGCCUGAUGGACUUGUCAUUGAGAUUGGUGGCUUGCCAACGCGUACCAUUCUCCGCUCACUCGGCCUGCGAGGCUACCACGGGCCCCGCGAAAUGUCCCUGCUGACUGCAAGCCGAUACAGCCAUUGGAAGUGUCGCGAGGCGGCCAAGAAGCACAACGUUCGCUACGAGUACUACUUUAUGCAUCCAAGCGGAGAGCAGCUGCAGCGUAUUACGCGAUGGCUGGCAGACCGGACGAUUCAGCCUGUCGUCGAUCGCAUGUUCGAGUUCUUCCACGUGGAAGACGCCUUGAACUACAGUGCAACCGGUCAUGUCUCGGGCAAGAUUGUACUGCAAGUGAAAUCGGCGCCUUCGCCCCCUGCUCGCCUGAACUCGUUGCCCCCAGCAUCUGAACGGCUCGUGUAA